CUGUACAGUAAUAUACAGUAAUAUACAGUAAUAGUACAGUAGUGUGUGUGUGUGUGUGUGUAUAAAUAAUUAAAGAACACAUGGAUGUUGUUGACUGAUGUAGGUUAGGGAAGUGCAAAGAUUUUGCUUUUCAGAACUUAAGACAACCCGGUUUUUUAUUAAAAGAAUCAUGCACUAGCAUUGGGAGCUCACUUAUGUUUACUGCCGACCCCACCCUGCCUUGCCUGUUGCAAGAAUUUGAACUAGCGAUUGUGUUUUUAAAAGUAGAAUGACGAGAAAAUCCCCAGAGGCAAAUGCAGAGUGUGAGCUCUGUACACACCAAUACAGACAGGCACACGGGGGUUGGGAACUCCCAUAGAGGCAGAAUGAAGGAGACAGUGAGAGGAAGAAGUGUGAGGAGGAGAGCAAGCAAAGCCAGGAGAAGGGAGGGAGAACUUUCUUCUUUGAACUGAUAUAUUUGAUCUUCGCAUGUUCAAACGCACCCCCAAAUCUUGGUGGCCACAUUUUGUUGAAGUCUCUGUUGCAUUCUGGGAUCGGCUCAAUUAACGGCUGUGUUGGAAUUGCCCAGGCAGACACAAUGUAUCUCUGGGGUAACCAGGAGCCAACAGCCACUCCUGACACAAUGGUCCAGCCAUUCACCACAAUCCCAUUUCCACCUCCACCACAGAAUGGGAUCCCCACAGAGUAUGGGGUACCCCACUCUCAGGACUAUGCAGGCCAGACCAGCGAGCACAAUCUGACAAUCUAUGGAAGUACACAGGCGCAUGGAGAACAGAACACAAGUACAGCAACCACGCAGAAUGGAUCUCUUACGCAGACGGAAGGAGGGGCACAGACAGACGGCCAGCAGUCACAGACACAAAACAGUGAGAAUACUGAGAGCAAGUCUACUCCAAAGCGGCUGCACGUCUCCAACAUUCCUUUCCGCUUUCGGGAUCCUGACCUCCGGCAGAUGUUUGGGCAAUUUGGCAAAAUCCUUGAUGUAGAGAUAAUCUUCAACGAACGUGGUUCCAAGGGAUUCGGGUUCGUAACUUUCGAGAAUAGUGCUGAUGCAGACAGGGCCAGGGAGAAAUUACACGGCACCGUGGUAGAGGGCCGUAAAAUCGAGGUUAAUAAUGCUACGGCACGAGUGAUGACAAAUAAAAAGAUGGUCACACCAUAUGCAAAUGGUUGGAAGUUGAGCCCUGUGGUUGGAGCAGUUUAUGGCCCUGAAUUAUAUGCAGCAUCCAGUUUUCAAGCAGAUGUCUCGCUGGGCAAUGAUGCUGCAGUGCCCCUGUCAGGAAGGGGGGGUAUUAACACUUACAUUCCUUUAAUCAUUCCCGGCUUUCCUUAUCCAACUGCAGCCACUACAGCAGCCGCAUUCAGGGGAGCUCAUUUGAGGGGCCGGGGUCGGACAGUGUACGGUGCAGUGCGAGCAGUACCUCCAGCAGCCAUCCCAGCCUACCCAGGUGUGGUUUACCAGGACGGAUUUUACGGUGCUGAUCUCUAUUCAGCUGAAGAAAUGUUAACAUCUCGCUCUAAACCUCUCAAUGGAGUCUCUGUUCCCUUCUCUGAUAUAACAGAUGGGGUGGAUAUGCAGCCUACAGAUAUGCACAGCCUGCUACCGCCACAGCAGCCACUGCUGCUGCAGCCGCUGCAGCGGCUUACAGCGAUGGUUAUGGCAGGGUGUAUACUGCAGACCCUUACCACGCCCUUGCCCCUGCCGCUAGCUAUGGAGUUGGAGCUGUGGCAAGUUUAUACCGAGGAGGCUACAGCCGAUUCGCCCCUUAUUGAAGUGACAUGAGCCCCCCUGCAAGUGGGACAGCCCCCCCAGUUCAUGAGGCCUGGCUAUUGCAAUAUUUACUAGUAGAGGAACUCUAUAGCAAGAAGAGGAGGAAAACAAAAGAAAAAACAAGAGAAAUACUUUUUUAUACCUCACUAUGUUCUUUGAAUAUGUAUUUUUUCCUUUAAAUUUCUGCCUUUAAUUCUUUUGUUCCAAAGAUUGUGCAUUUUUGGGUUGUUGUUUUUUUGGGUUGUUUUUUUUUUAAACUGUGGUGAACAUAAUGAAUUUCCAUGUCUGUAUAUUCGUAGCUUAUCCUACCAAUCACAAAAGAGAUUAAUAGAGCUAAGGAGCAUCCUUAGGAAACAGCAUCAUGGAAUUAAAUCAGGAACAUGCAGGCGUUUAUAUUUUACAUGGGUCUGGUGCCUGAAGCCUCAGUGACAUAAGGAAGAGCCCCUCUCCCCCCGGAGGGCCAUUCUCAUUGGCUGCAGCUGGAACCUGCAUGCUGUUGGAGACCCAAAUGUCCCCCAUUUUAUUGCCUUCUGGCACACAUGGGCUCAGGACAGUUCCAGAAGCAUCAAGAUUUUACAAUUUCCAAGACAAUGCUCCUCAAAGCUGCCCAAAGACUUCGUCUGUUAAUGGUUUUAGGGGUCAAGACUUGAAAAGAAUAUUUUAUCUUCUGCUUCUCUCCAAACACUUUACUUUAGUGAUUAUUGCCCCUCUACCAAGGCUCUCCUCUGUUUCUUUCACUUGCUGUGGUCUUCCUGUCUAUCCAGCCUCUCCCUCUUUUCUGUUCUGGAGGAGCAGCAGACGGGAGACAAUGACUAUCAUACCUGAAGCCAUGGCAAAGAGAGUUCUCUUUGAGAUAAUCAGGAAUCUGAUGGCAGAGCUGCAGCACAUCCUGAAGUUAGAAUUGAACAUGAUGGAGAAAGCUUGUACCAGCGCCGCUCUCAACAAUUCAGCUCUCCAAAAAUCUAAGAUCUUCUUUUCAUCGUGAGCUGAUUAGCUUGGCUGCAAGAAUGCUACUGAAAAAAUACAUGAGAAUAAGACAGAAAAUGUGUCCUGAUUCAUGAUCCCACAAAAACGGCAGAAUUGGUAGUGACAAUCUUCUGUGUCACAACUAUUCCGGAAUUCACCCUUAUAUACCUUUGGCAUCUGAAAAAAUUGAAACAUGUUUCAAAACAAUUUAAAAAGAGAAAACUUUUGCCUUGAUACACAGCCCAGAAACUUUAGUGGGUUAUCUAUCACCUCCCACUCCACUCCAGAGAGAAAAAUCUGCAUCCAUACUACUUAGCUUUCGGAAGUAUUGCAAGUUUUUAGCUGAGAGGGGUGUUAGGAAGACGGGGAGCACAGAGAUUUGCUCCCUUAGAUUUUUUUUUAAAAAAAUGUAUGUGGAAUGCCCUUUAUUUAAUGCAGUGGGUGCCUUGUAAGUUACUAUAGAAGCAUGCAUGUGACAACAAGCCACUGCUUUCAAAUAUCUAUCGCUAAUUUGGAAGUUGAACUAGCAGAAGAGAUCCUGCAUUACCCUCUCAGCUUUCAGAACUUUCUUGGCACCUCUUGCAGAUUUUCUGCAGCUUUUACCUUUAAUAAAACCCUACCUGUUAGAGAAGCACAAUUCCCUUUGGCUCCAUGGCCUGCCUAAAUUGGUACUGGGUGACAUUUCACCCUUGAAAGGGCAGCUAGGGGGUGGACCUGUAGCUGAAGCCUGCUCAGUUCAUUUCAUCAUCUGCCCCCUGAUGUCGAUCUAGGAACAGAGACAUCCUGAAACACUUCAAUGAGCCGGCCUAUUGAGACAUACUGAUCCAGCCGCACAUGGCUCCCAUCUUUGCCCCCACUCCUUGUUGUACCUUCUCAGUGCUUGCACCAAGGAUGCUGGAGAGGAAGCCUGAAGAGAGACAGGCACCGGAAAUCUUAAUUAAGCUAGAGACUCUAACAGUGUUCAUUCUCUGGAACAAGUUGACACCAAACUGCCAGCCUGUUGGCCACUUCUAUUUCUGUUUUUUUUGGUGUCUUAUUUUUCAAGCCAAAGUUUGGUUUGUUGCUAUUAUGACAAUUUCUGUUGUUUUUUGUAUAUAAAUAUUUUAGUUAGCUUGAAAAGGGGGGAGAGGGGAAUGAGGGGUGCCUGGGCUUUCACAAAAUCAAGGAAAUGAGGAAGCAAGCCUUUCCUAGCUUACCUCAAUGUUUUGGUGUCAUGCUCACCAGAAGGCCGCUUUCACCACAGAGCAGUUGGGGGUGGAAUUGGUCUUAAUUCCUGCCCAAGGAACAAAAAACAGUGAAGAUCUCUGAAAUGCAUUAGCAACUGUGUAAUAGGAAAAUCUUUCUGUUAAUGUUACAGAAAAUGAUGCAGACUGCAUAGCUCUUCCCACUGUAAUUGGGUCAGCUUGACUGUCUUGCAUACCAAAUACCGAACACCUUGGGUACCCACGGAUUUUACAGGCUGUGCAGCUCCUCUGUUAAGGAAGCUAAGUACCACUCAAUGCAGGUCAUAAAAGACUGAGUGGCAUCAAUAGCCCAUCCUGUUACAAAUAGUUCCUAGUUUGAAAAUCAUCUGCUCAUUUAAGUUGUAUCGGCACUAAGGUCACCUGCACUAAAGUCACCUGCAGGCUAACCUUAGACUAGCCACUUCCCUUGCCUAUUUUUGUAUCUGUAAAAUGAAAAGGCAAGGUAACCCCUCUUUUGUGAAACACAGUGAGAUCAUUAGUAAAGAACACUAUUGUUAACAGUACAUUCAUGCCUCCAUAACUCUUUAAAUGUCCAACAAACCGAUUUUGUAAUAUAGCAGCUCUUUAGCCAUUUACCCGUUGGUUCUUAAAUACCCUAGACAUUGAAAUAGAAUGGAUACAAAGCUAAGGCUUUGUGUAUUUUCCUACAGCCCCUGUCCCAUGUGUAGUCAGUGUGAGGGGCUCUUAGAUUUCAAGAAUGGGAACCAAAUUUGGAUGACAUCUUUUUUCAUGGUGUCCCGCACCUAAACAAAAAGAGAGUUUGCAAGCAGCUAGGGAAAUACAUAGAAUGCUGCUUACCAACUCCAACAUGUGAGGGAUCCUGAGCACUGUGGGGGGGAAAGGCUGAGGAGAGGCUUGUGUAAGGAUGUGUUGCCUGUUUGCACUGGUUUUAAAAUGAGGAGGGGGGAACCAAAAUCCUAGUAGACAAGAUGGAGAACUGGUGUAAAGGUUUUGUGUGUUUUUAUUUUUGUCAUGCUCUUGAGAAUGUCAAAUAGGUUUGCAGUAUACACCAGUAUACUUGAUUCUUUGUUGGAUAAAACACUACUUUCAUGCUGUUAUUGUCUGAAGAGCCCAUCCCCCUUCCUACACCCUGCUUUACCCUAAUCUGGUCCUGUUUGGAAAUUGCUUUUAUUUACAGUGUAAUAAAACAGAACCUCCAGUAAUUGAGGCAAACUAUUUUCUCGUAGUCAGAGUGAAAAUGGUCUUUCUAGUGUGUUUUGCUAGUAUUCACCCCUCCCGCACCCCAUAUACCUCUCCCCCCUCAACUUUCCCAUCUUAAUUUUCAGAUGGGGAGAACAUCACUGCUUCAUAGGGGAAGGGAUGAAAACUGCAGAAAGAUAUCCACAUUCAGAGCUGGCUGCCAUAAAUAACCAGACACUACAGAAAUGUUGGCAAUCCUUCUGCAGUAAAUUUUGUCCAUACUUCCAGGCCACCGCCAGUUGGAGAUUAUUAGGGAGUAGUUUAAGACAAGUUGAAUUGAAACACUGCCAGUUGACAAUGACUGGAAACUGAAGUUUUCUUUAAAAAAAAUCCUGCACUCUAGCAGUUGCAAUCUUUCCUGCCAACUUUAUUUUCCUAAAGCCGUCCGCUAGAGUAUUCAUUUAGCAAGGAGUUUGCAUCAUGUCACUUAGUUAAUGGUUACUUUUUUAAAAGGAAAAUUGGGCUUUUCCCCUUUUGGAUGGAACACUAAAAGGUCUUUGCUGCUUUUUGAGGAAGAAUUGUUAAGGAAUAUAUCCCUAUGUUCAGCAUAGCUAUGCAUUGCAAUUUUGGCAUCUCGGUUUGCCUGGGGUUUAAGAAGUAAUCCUUACAGAUGUUUUUUUUUUUUUUGAAUGAAUGAAUGAAAUAGCUAGGGCAAAGCUGACCCAAUAAAUAUUUUUAGGCAGAAUGAUUGGACAUUACUAAGAUGACUGUAAGAUUAGAGACUAUCCAGAAUGAAUAGGUAACACUCCGAACUAGUCACUGAGAGGCCUAAAAUGCCCCAGGCAGACUUAGCCUCUUCUUGCAGUCUGUCCUGCACCUCUUCCCUUGCCAGGUACCUAUGAGACAUAGGAUGCAUUGUAGUCUCUCUUCCUCUGGAUCAUUUCCCAGGUUGAUCAGGGUCUUGUUUCCCUGCGCACUCUGGAAAAGGAGUAUCUGGAUUUCAGGACAUUGUGGCCGUCUCUAACACCCCCAACCCCAUCCCCUUUUAAGUAUCAUAUUGUACAGUAGCUUUCAAACCAUACAGUAUUCAUUGGGUUACUCUUAUUAUUAUCAAGUAGCUGGAAUUGUGAAGGUCGGAGUAGUUAGAAUUUUAGCUUUUAUUCCUUUUUUUGUAUUACUAUCCAUGUGUAUAAAUUAUUGAUCAUGUUGCUGGCUUUUAUAAACUCUAAAGCAAGGGAGGAGCCCUUCCUCACCCUUUGCGAAUGGUAAUGAAGCACUGUUUUUAAAUAAAAGAGAGAAACACCA